AUGGCCAGUCCCAUCGACCAUUCACCGGAGCCUUCUCCAAUUCACUCUCGACUCUUUGCGGAACCCGAAGACGACGAUGACCUCCACUCUGAGCCGCGUUUCUCAGAUGGGGACACCGCGUCCGCCCGUUCUAUCACACUCUCUUCACCCCCACGUUCCCCUCGCGAGUCCAUCUCGUUAGGCGUCCCGCAGCCGCAAGAACCCGCUCUCACCCCUGUCACAAUGGCCCGUCAGAGCCUUUCUCUGGCCAACCUCGCCAAGCGAAAUACGCUCGACACGGAGAGCUCCCCGAGCUCCGACAUGGACGCCGACGGAGAUGACAGAAGCUUCUUUGCGCGCAAGUACGAUGAAGGAGAGUCGCCACUCUCUAGUGUUCCCCCGUCGGUGCACGAGGUGGACAAGUCCAUGGCUACUCCUUUGCCGCCGUCCCUUCCUCCGUCUGCUACGCUGUCGUCUUCUAGGUCGUCCGCAGCAUCAGCCACCGGCACCUUCCCCCACCUCGACCACCUGAAGAGCGACACAGAUAGCAUCGCAUCUUUCGGGUCGGCCUCUACGUCCUACUCUAAGAAGGCUCGUCCAGAGUCACUGGUGGUUCAGUCAACGAAGGGACCGUUGGUGUUGGGUAUUGCGCUUGUGGACUUCAAUCACUUGGUCGGGCCAAAGAUUGAUUUCUCCCGAGGCGACAUCUUCGACGAUGAGGAGAUUGCCAAAAUUCUUCCCUUCCUAGCACUUCCUGAUGGCGCCCAUCUCACGACGGAAGAUUACUCUUACUUCCAUCUUGUGCCGUCAGUACCCAACCCCUCAACCAUCUUUGGCAUCUCUUGCAACCGUCAGAUCAGCGCCGCCGACCUCCUGGUGAAAGGUCCAGACGUAACGCGGUCAACAGUGCAGAAGGCGGUGGUAGUGCUUGCGUCGAAGCCGGUAUUCGGGCCCGUUCGGGACCGGCUAGGGGUGAUCACGCGAACACUCUUCUCGCAAAGGGACUUUACAGACGUCAGCAUUCUCGACGACUUUUACUCGUCUUUGGAGGUUUCGCUUCGUGGUCAAAUGACUGAAAGUGGUCUUUACAUGGGCACAAGUUUGAAGGAAUUGGUUCAUAAUUUCCGUCAACGAACUUUGACUUUGGUCAAGGCUCUGAUGCUUCAGAGGAAGGUUAUGUUCUAUGGUCACCCUGUGGAGCGUCUGUGCACAUAUCAGUAUUCCCUUGUCACAUUGGUACCUGGCUUGUUCCAUAGCCUCGAGGACUGCGGGUCGCCUCCACUUGCGACCCGUGCAGCGACUCUGCAAAAGCCGAAUUCGCUCAAGACGUCAGAUCCCAAGAGUAUGAUGGCAUACAUGGGACUUCCACUCGAUCUUUUCGGGAGGGAUUCCUUUUUCCAGCCGUAUCUGCCCUUGCAGCAGCUCGAUCUCCUUAAGGAUACACCCUCUUGGCUCUGCGGCAGUACGAAUUCAAUAGUCACCCAACAGAAGGAUAUCGACCUCCUUGUGAAUAUUGAGACGGGAGCAAUCGAAUUCCGUACCCCAAGCGUUGAACGAAUGGUAGCCCUAACUGCCGCCGACCGGAAGUGGAUGGACGACAUCGUGACUGAUGUCAACAACCAAUACACCACGGAUUCCGAGAUGACAGGCAUGCAUUUCAAAGGGAGCGACGACUACAUUCGUCAGAAGUUUGAGGAAUACCUGAUGGCUGCUCUAUCGACGGUCAAAUACGCCACGUUCCUCGGCAAAGGUCAGAACAGCGGUGUCAUGAUCGCGGAUGGCGGAGACUCGAACGCCGUGGCCGACUUCAACCCCGUCUGGCUGCAAGAGUUCAGGAAAACGCAAAGCCACGAAGUCUGGGAACGCGUCACCGAUUCCAUGCUAUUCGACAUUAUCGAGGCAAGACAUCCAUGCGGCGAGAAGCCCACCGUAGUCUCAGACAUCGGUCUUCGUCUCUCCGAGGGUAUCCAGGAGCUCAAACUGGACCAGCAACUUGCCCCCACGCGCGAGGCGAUUUCCCGUACCCUCGCCGCUGGUUCGACCAACUUCUUUAAUGCUGUGGCCGGCGUCCGUGAACGUUGGGGUCAACGCCAGCCAUCAACUGACAGUGUCCCGACAACUUCCUCGUACCCAGCGUCUCAAUUGAUGCCUAUGCGUGUCGACACGAACCACUCGCACGCCGCUCACCUGGAGCCGAAGAGCCCCGGUGGGACCUAUAGCACACCGAACACGCCAACGACGCACAAGGGACUCCGGCCACUCAGCAUUGUCGGUGCGCAGAGCCUCCAGCAACCGGAGCCACCUAAAACCACCCUCGGGGGUUGGGGCGCGAACAUCGGUUCGUUCUUCUCUGCGCGGACGUCUAGCCGCAUGUCCGUCUCAUCCACCACGAGCAACAAUGGCGGUUCAAACUCUCGGCCAUCAAGUAUUGCUAGUCUCUCGCGCUCUGCAUCCCCUAUGCCUCCGGUUCCCCCAGUCCCACCAUUGCCGGCAGGAGUAGAGAAGAGCGUACCGCAUAUACCGAAGGAUGUUCAGCCAGUCCCGAAGGACGUCCCUCCGGUCUCCCCGCUGCCGAAGGACCCGGUCCCGGCCGAAAUGCCGAUGAACCUGGACGAUGCGCAUACGGGCAGCGUGUUGGAGCCGGUGAAUCAUAGGGACGACGACGCCAACUCGACGGCGUCGUCCCUGAGCGGGACAAUGGCGAUGUGA